AUGAGCGCCAGCGCGUGGGGCGUCGACGAGAGCGCCCACCUCAUCCCGGGGAGCGUCUCCGACUGCGUCAUUAUCCUCGAGGACACCACUCACAACACAUGGUAUGGUAUCAUCACGUCGUCGGGGCGCAUCGGCGAGCGGCUGAGCGCCUCUGGCACACGCCUCAACUCGUCCAGCCCUGUGCCUUACGGCGGCGGCGGCGGCGGCGGAGGCAACAAGAGCAGCACGGAGAGCGUGCGCGGCCUCAAGUCCGUCUCGCGGCAGAGCCUGCUCGACAUCGUCAGCUGCCGCUUCGGCGUCGGCCGCACCGCCCGACAGCAACAUCAGCACACAGGGCGGUCGUACUUCUCGUCGUCGCGGGACUCGCUGUCGGCGGCGUACGUGAACCGCGCGGCGGCGGUGUCGACGGCGGCCAGCGAGCUGGACCUGUCGCGGAAGGCGCGCCGGCGCGAGCUCCGCGACGCGCCCUCCCUGCUCGGCCGCUGGGGCGAGCGCGCCUCGGGCAGCAUGGGCCCCGGUGAGUAG